AUGAUGCUCGCAACGCCAGUGAGCCUCGGUCAGAUCCAGAACGGAACUUUACCAACGUACGCGUAUUUGGCCAGUCCUACGUAUCAGCCAGAAACCACGGUCACAUCAAGCACAGAAACCACCAGCUUUGCGUCUCCUGUUCAGACAGUAGGCGAAAUGAAAGACAAAUGGGCCGAAGUUUUCGGAAAGGGUUUGAAGACGGCUUGCGUUGGCAAGACGGCAUCGUUUGAAAUCACCGCACCGUGUCUAUCGAACGAUGACAUCGACGUCAUCGUAACAUUCGCUAACGGAAAGAAGAUACCGUGCAAGGUGGUCGCUCUCAGUUCGACCAACUACCUUUGCGAAUACAUUCCGACCGAAGUCGGUGUUUACCGCGUUGACCUGAAGAUUUGCGGCCGUAGCGUCGACGGCAGUCCGUUUCUAGUGUCCACUUACGAGCCGAUGAAGGUUCUGAUAGAACCGUUCAGCGGCGACGUGGUGGGUAAACCCGUGCAGUUCCUGGUGGACGCUAGCGAGGCUGGAAAGGGUCAGCUGGAAAUAUCGAUCAACAAAGGUCAGAUACCGAACAACGUGCAGCUGCACGGCGCCGGCAAAUGUCUAGUGACAUUCAUACCGGAGAAAGUGGGCACCUACGUGAUAGACGUCACGCUUAACGGAGACUUGGUGCGCGGCUGUCCAGUAAGAGUUGAAAUUUUCGAAAGUACGACAGAAAGAGCAGCCGCACAUGCGGCUUCGCGAUCUAGCAGCACCUACUCGCUGAACCUGACCAACAGUACCGUGCCAAAGUACUUGGCUAAGUCGAAUUUGAGUUCUGCGCUUUCGUUGAGUCCUCGAACCCAGAUCACCCCGGCGCCUAGCCACUUUGGCCAGAAGGAAGGGAACGUUGGUAGCAGAAUUGGCGGCGUAACGUCGCCUUCGUUGACGCCAUCUUCGAGGACGUUCGGUUCAGGUACGGCUAGAGUCGGCACGAACAGCUACUUAAACGUUCGAAGGACGGCCACCAAUGAUGCAUUGAAAGCAGUCACAACUGCUGGAGCAUCUCAUAUUGGUGAAAAUCCUAGCGUCGCUUCGGCGGUCAGCGCAGACGCUUCUUGCUCUGCUGAUGUAUAUCAGCCAGUGUCGCCUAAUCUAAAUGGUGGAUUGAUGGAGCCGAAAUCAAGUGGCGACGAAAUGUAUGCUCAGACGGUGUCCGCCGCCGGGCACGAUGAAAAGGUCGCGAUGAGUGACCAGAUGGUGCAAAAAAAUGAAUACAUUUGUGCUGAUUCUUUCAAUGUGAAUUUUCAUUCUUUGACCGAUCACUGGAAAGCGAAAUCACAGGAAAACGUGUUAUCCAGCCCUAAAAAACCUAGUUUUAAAUAUUUUGAUACCGACGCGAUGAAAUCGAUGUCGCAAAGCGAGAGCACUGUUCCUGGAACACAGUCCCCAUUGUUACCGCCGCCUGUCGAGCAGCUACAAAUGCAUAGGAACUCGAAAUCGCCACGCCCUGCCGAUGGUUCAUUAAAGAAUUUUACUUCGGCAAAAACAGCUGAGCAGCCACUGCCACCAUCCCUGCAAUCUCACGUUAAGGAGCCGAUUUUGCCGAAGUCGCUGCCCCCCGAAGAUUACGUGCUCAACGAGACUCGAGCGGAACUUCGUUCGACGGGCACUCACGGCUUACAGCAACAGCAGGGCAACGAACCGGACGGUAACGUAGUUAACGAGGAGCUGAAAUUAGCUGGCGACACCGUGAUCAGCAAAGCUAACCAACGCACUGUUGUGCAUGAGGGGCUUGCCUCUUCGUUUGACACGCGAGAGUCGAAUGGCAAGGUGGAGCGCUUUACUCCACGCGAAACGUGCGACCUCUCGUUACCCAGUUCUCCAUUGGCCAGCAAGGACAAGACGGUAGUCGACAAGGCAGAUAUAGCGCCGGUGUCGACGUUAACUUCUGGUAAGCAAGCCGUAGCAGAAACUCCCGGACCAAGAGCCAACCUUGCGUUUGCGGCCAAAGACAUUCUUCAGCAAAUGUCGAAGAACAUGAAGGCGCUCUGGCAUCAGACCGUUAUCGAGAGUUCGACCAACGGCGUAUUGAGGCUGGGCGCCACUGCGAGGUACGUUCUGAAGAACUGCUUCAGUCGAUCGGACGAAGUGCAGGUUUCAGUGACGCAUCUUAACGAAACGGUGCCUGUCGAGCUACAUAUGGAAAAGUUCGCCGAAAAUGAAUUGACCGUUCAGUUUGUUCCGCCCGACGUCGGCGCCUACAAAGUGCAUUUUUCAUCUAUGGACGAAGCGCACCCUUCGUCACCGUUGAUCCUCAAGGUUUAUAACCCUGAUAUGGUCAAAAUCAGCGAUAUCAUCGGCAAAACCGCCGGCAAACCAGUGCAAUUCACAGGUACACUAUUUGCUUGAUA